UUUCCCGGAAAAACAUAAACAACGCGUCAGUUGCAUCACAUCGCGAUACGAGUUUCUCCAGUUUUUAUUCUAGUUUUAAUCUUUAAACUAGGAAGUAUUUUAAGCGGAAGUAUUUUAGGAACAUUUGAGCUCAAAAUGUGGCCAAUAAUCGUGCAUUUUCUUAGAUCAAACGCUGUGUAUAUUACGCUACCGGUGGCGGCCGUUGUAGGUGUCGUCGGAUACAACAUCGAGAAUCUUCUUUCGGACAAGUACACGCCAUACAGCAAAUCGAUUGAAGAGAAACGAGUGGAACGGAUUACCGAUGAGGAACAUCUCAAGGAUGCAACGAAAGUUGAUAAAUUGGUUUACAAGGAAAACGUCUUGGGGAGGAACCUUUCUCCAUCACUUGAGAAAAAGUAAAAUUUAUUCAUCCAACACAUAAAUAUUUGAAUACCAAUGCGUUCGUUUGUAAAUAAAAAGAUGAUAAUUAUUAGCAUGA